AUGUCUUUAACUAAGCUAGCUAUUUUAUUAUCCGCAGCCGUCUCUGCUGUUUCUGCUACUUCCGUGGUUGCCAAUGAUCCUAUUACCACAACAACUACAUCUGUCAUCACUGUUUAUGAAACCGUAUUACCAAGUACUGUGUUGACCACAAGUUCUGUUAUUCCAACUACUUCAUCUGUCGAAGCUGUUGCACCAGUCUCCUCUGUUGCACCAGUCUCAUCGUCAUCUUUCAUUUCUCCAAUUGCAGUUUCUCCAGUUGCAGUUUCUCCAGUUGCAGCAGCAGCUCCUGCCGUUGCAUUCAGCAAUUCUACUUCCAAUGUUAUAACUUCAAGUAUGUCAUCUCUAGCUGUCGAAACCCCAGCUCCAGUUUCUGCAAACAUCACCGAUGUACCUUUGUACAACACAACAACACUUGCUGAAACUUCUUCCUGCAUUACUACUGCUGCUCCAGUUGUUCAAAAUGCUACUGCUACUGCUACCGUUAGCCACUUCUCCACUGUUGAAGCUACUAUCACAUCCUGCUCUGAAGGCUGCACAUUCAGCAACACCACUUCUGUUGAGCCAACUUCUUAUGUUACCGAAACUAACAUUGUAAAGACUACUAUCACUACUCUACAAAUGACUACUUCUGCUAUUCAAAGUCAAAGUACCACAUCUAGCUCAUCUUUCACCGUAUUGGUUAACAGUAAUGUCGCCGGUAAAUUAAAUGUAGCUGGAAUGGGUACUUUAUUUGCUGCUGCCGCUGCUUUGUUGCUAUGA